AACAGGAAACAGUGAAACAAUUGUCAACAUGGGGAACAGCUUUGCUUUUGAUUUAGAUUUUGAAGAUAACGGAGACUGAAUGGAAAAGAAACAGCAUCAAAAUUAUCCUUUAGUGCAUUGUUGUCAUUUUUUCUCAAAGAAUGAGAAACGAUUGAGGAACAAAAAAAAUGAGUUUCAGCCGAAAAAUUGACCUGUAGGUACAUGUAUCAAUAACAAAAGGGACAUAUACAGCAAAAAUUUGCUUUUGAUUUAAAUUUUUUUAGAUAACAGAUGCUGAGUGCAACGGAAACAUCUUAACUUCGGUAAGAUUUAUGUCCUGCACUCCUAUCCCACAGUAGCCCAUGAGGUCUUGACAAAUUUAAUUAGGUUUUAGAGUCUUAAACUGAAUAAGAGAUAAAAUAAGCAAAUGUGCUGAAAUGACAUAAAAGGCUUAUGUGACUCCAUUUUGGAGCUUCCAUCCUCCACAUUUUACACCAAGCCCCUCACUUUUGCUGCGAGAAUUACAUGGACAUAAAAAAUGUCAACUAUUUGGACAAUGGCGAUCUGUUUAUUCUUCGUUCCGGUGACACAAGCCGCUCAGGAUUACGUGUAUGUUUCGGCAUGUCCUCGUGGAUCUUCAGAAUGGCAAGCAGAGGCCACACGGAAAAAAUGUCAGGAGCCAACGCCCGACUAUCUGUGUGCAGCGAUAGAAAAUUCUCCUGGCCAGUACGGUGAAAUUUGCACCAAAUAUGGUUUGUCCCCAUCAGGGACUUGUGCAGUUCUCAAUGCACAGACGUAUAACUUGGACUCGGUUCCGUGUGUGGCACCGGUGGGGUGCCCAGACAAGCCCUACAACCCAGGAGAACUUUAUAAUUGGCCAGUUUGUUUCGAAGAUUUUUAUGGAAAUAAAAGGACUACAUCAAGUGUUAUAACCAAAGUUUACGAAUCUACAACAGAACAUUCAAAUAUAACUUCCGUUGAUCCUACCGGUGAUACACAAGAUGGGGAUUCUGGACUGGUUGCUGGAAUCAUCAUAGUGUUUCUGCUGGUUUUAGUUGUCUCCCUAGUAACGCUUUACAUUCUGGAUAAGAGGAACAAGUGGGGUCUGAGGAAGGCUAUAAGAAAACGUUUAAUAGAUAGAUUUGGUCGAUUACAUGCUCAGAGAGAAGAAAGUGCCUUAAAAAGAGAUGAAGAACAGGCAGAAAAUGAAGAAGGUGAUAUUGGAAAGGAAUGUUUGCUGUCAAGUAAUACAGGGAAAGAUUUUCUGCUGUCAGAUACAUAUGAAGAACCCUUAUCAGGAAUAAAAACUAGUAAAGGAGAUGGUGUAUCAAUUGUUGAAAAAGACGUAUCAUGGAAACUUACAGGUCUUCAACGCUACCUUGUUGUUUGUCUAAAGCACUAUAUAGGCAUCGAAGAAUUGAAAGAAAAAGUAAUUCUUUUCAAAAGUUCUCUGGACGAACAUUUCAACGAGGUAUUGCUAGAACCCUUACAAAGACUACAGUCUCCUGAUGAUUAUGAAGAAGUGGAUAUAUUAGUAGUUUACAAUCUUCUUCGUAAUGUUUGUGAACACAUAUAUCCCCCUAAACGGGGAUGGGACUACGAACCCGAUGAAACUGACUUAGGACUGGGAGCUGAUAUUGAGAGGGCACGCCUAAUGUGGAAUAGAUAUUGCGAUGGAAAGACUGUAUUUGAUGACUUGGAUGCUUUAUAUGAAAGAAUGCAGGAAAGAUAUGGAAAUAUUGCGGUGAACAUUAAUGAAAAGCAGGAUGUCGACCAGUGCCAAAUGCCUAAAGAAAAAAUAUCGCCAAGUGUUCAACUAAAACCUGCAUGCGAAGUUAGAAGUGGGGUUGUCAUAAGAAAACAAACAACGUCGGUAAAGGAAAUCCUAAAUGAAAGUGGUUUAGCGAUUUGUAAAGGUGCCAUAGGAUGUGGGAAGACUAGUUUUCUUAAAUACUUCGAUGAACUAUACCGAGGAUUAGGCUGGAUUGUAAAAUGGAGGGAGGAGGUUGUCAACAGUAAUGAUGUCUUUGUGAGAGAAAAUGAGAAGAUUCUUUUAUGUUGCGAUAACUUUUUUGGAACCUUUGACCGAUGUGCCUACAGUGCCACGUCAGAAAUUAUUAAUUUUUUAAAUCAUCGAGAAAAAGAUGAUGGUGGCCAACUGAAAAUCCUGCUGGCUAUUCAUGAUCAUGUAUAUGAUGAGUUGCAGAAGAAUACCUCGAUAAAUAUUCUACAAAAUAAACGUGCAGUAGUUGACUUGAACGAGAUAACCAAUGCUGAACAGAUGCUAAUUUUUAAAGAGCAAAGAAAGAAUGGUCAUUGUACCAUUGAUCCGAAAUGUUGGUUCCGAAGGGUUGACUUUGAAUCGCUGAAAAAUGCAUUAAAACGGAAUUCAGGAUUAAUUGGUGAUCCAGCUUUAACUUUACUAUAUUGUAACCAUCAUGACAUAUUUGCCAAAAAAGAAGCCACAUUAAACCCUCUGAAAACACUGUGCUCUUUAUUUCAGAAUAUUUCAGGAAAACCAAAGUUAUUCAAUAUUCUUGUGUUCAUCUUGUUUAUUAAAACACAUACCUUUGAUAAGGAGAUGCCAGCCUGGGCUGCAGCGGAACCGUUUGGACUAACAACUGAUGAGAUCCGGGAAAAUGUCCGACAUCUUCAUGGAUAUCUUGAUGUUUCUGUUGAUGGAAGGACAAUGAAAAUGAAACAUGAAUUGUUAAGCAUCGGUUUGUUCCACAUUUGUGCAAGGGAUCCUAUCUAUUUACCUGCUCUUUUAAAUCAUUGCCACUUUCAGAUGAUAGAAGAACUCUUUCGUCCAUCCAACUCUGAAACCCAGUCAGACUUUUCCAUCAUAUUGGAUGAAACCAAUUUCCAAACAUUAAUUUCUAGAAUUAUGAGAGACAAUAUGUAUGUGAACCUUAUAAAUCACCCUUUCUUGCAAAAUACUCAAUUCUGUUUGAAUUUGAAAAAUAGUUGUCCGGAUGACCUUUGGAAACGUUUCUUUUCAAAAAAGUGAUAUAGCAUACUAUUUAAUGCAGAAGACUCAUUUAUAUACUCAAGAUACUCUGAAAUUUAAAAAGAAUUAUUUAA